GGCGUCUCGGGUGGCACUGUCGCCCUCUAAAGGAACUUAAGUCAUGAUGGUCUUGUUCUUCGCAGAGGCCGUCUCACUUGGACUAAUCACUUAUGGGAUGGGUUUACUCCCUUUAUGCACAUCAUCCAAUUCCUCCUUGUCCGCUAUGACGAUUCUGGGGACUGGACGUCUCCUUGGCUCUGCAGGGGCCAUCGUGGCCGCGAAGUUGUUCUUGGGGGCGGCCUCCACCUAUAUGCGCAGCGCACCCUUCUCACGCACCGCCAUGACUCUAUCGGACGUGGGCGGUAUCUUGUUCAUAUUGAUCGCAGACGGUCGACUCUCGUUCCCGUUCAUCGGCGCUGGACGUAGACGUCGUCCACGGGCGGACUCAAACCCCCAUGAACGGCUACCCCUAGUCGCACUGCACUCCGGGCAGGAUAGUAUGAAUUCCACAGAUCUAGAGCCAUUCGAGCCCGGAUCGGCCCCGCAGGCGACAGUCCCAGAUGCCGUUAUCCCUCGUAUGACACCGAUUUCCAGACACUACCAGCGACGUAUCUACUGGUUCACGUUCGCGCUGGUAAUCCAUGAGAUCGCGAGAGCUAUUGAUAUCAAAGUCCAAGUCUUGAACGGGUUGACAAGAAUGGCGCCGGACACUAGCGUUGAGGAGACCGCCGUCCUCGUCACUGCCUCCGCGUAUCUAUAUUCGGCAACCCGACAGGGCUUGAUGGGAAUCGCCCUCGCGACGACGCUCCGCUUGGCCGCUCUCCCGAUCCCCAGUUGCAAACAGCAUGUGCUUGUGUUCGCUGCAGCGCCUACAAUUGUGAAGCUGUUCGCAUACAUCGUCGUUGUAUUCUUUCAAAUAACCGUGGAUCAAUACCGGUCCCUCCCUCUUGUGGUCGUGCAGUCAUUUACUUCUAUUAUGGUCGUCUAUGCCGUCUUCAUGAGACGCUCUCUUAUCAAGUCGCCGGUCAAGAACGGGCGGGGCUUUUGCAUGAGAUUCCUGCUAUUGGGGGUAGGGGCUUUGUUGCCAUGGACCAUCGCCAUGACAUUGAUAGCAAUCAAUGUCUUGACGAAUCCGCAUGUAUCGUCGUUGAUACAAGCAUCGUUGGAAUAGCAUCUCGGUACAGCGCCGACUUUUC